UUAUAUUAUAUUUCACGUAUUCGUGUCGUGGGCGCUUCAUGAAUGCAGAGUUACAACGAAAUUAUCGCCAGCAAUGAGCGAAGAUUUAAAUGCAAGUUCUGCUGCUGGAACUAAAGAACUGUCACCAACAGUCGUCGGGAUUCAGUCCACAGCCAUCUUUUUGCUUAUGGUUUCUUCGUUGAUAUGCAAUGCCCUGGUAGGAUUUGUUCUCGCUAGAAAACCGGAAUUGUUGUCACAUUCUUCCAGCAAGCUUCUCAUGAACUUGACUGCAUCUAGCUUCAUCUUUUCGCUUAUCGUUUUGCCAUUUGUUUUUGCUUCGUCUGUGAGACAGGACUGGUUGUUCGGCAAGGCUUGGUGUCAAACUAGCGGUUUUCUAACAGUUUUACUCUCCGCAACAUCUUUGGCAAUGGUAAUGUUUUUAAGCAUCGAUCGUUAUCACUGCAUAGUGAAUCCGUUAACUUACGCUACCAGAAUGUCACCAGCACGCACAAAUUUUUUCAUUUUGUUUUCAUGGCUGGCAUGCUUGUUCUUGGCUUCGCUGCCUCUCGUCGGCUGGGGAAAAUAUGGCUAUGAACACGCAAAAUUUUCUUGCACUGUUAUUUGGAGUGACACGAUAAGUGAGGGCUAUACGAAACUUUAUUCCGUUGUGACUUUGUUUGUGCCAUUGCUGGUCAUGAUAGUGACCUACUAUUAUAUUUUAAAAGCUGCUCGUCGACAAGCUCGAGUAGGGCAAAUAGCGGUUCUGCCUGCGACAAAUGUGGGUCCAAGGACAAACCGCAACUCUAUAACAUCAAACACGAGUGCGUUUAGCGGAUCAAAAGCCUUGCGUACAACUUUUCUUGUUCUAGGGAUGGUAAUAUUUUGUUGGGGUCCAUACGUGAUAGAGAUUAUUCUAGAAUCGGAGCGAGUGCUUGUGCGGUAUGAGAUACAGACUACGUUUGUGAUGGUGUCUCAUUCAAGCGCAUUACUGUAUCCUGUUAUUUAUGGAUUUCACAUAAGAGCGAUCAGACGGAGUAUCAAGAGACUUGUAACCUCGAACUUACGGUGUGGUAAUAAUUUUUUUCGACCCUCCAGCGAAACGGGAUUUGUCGUAUCACCCCAGGCAAUGUUCAGAAAUAGAUCGGCUUCGGAGGGUUCUGUGAAUUCGUUCGACAUGGCCUGGUCGCCCCGGCGAGAGAGCGAGAGUCUGUGGACAUUGCCAGCGAUCAAAGAAGAGAUUGAAAAUCAACCCACAAACAGAACUCAUUCGACCGAAGUCACAGACCUAGAGGUUUUCAAUCUUCCGGGUAGCUGCGUCUAAAAACAACUCAAGAUUUUCUGCGCUAUUUAAAACUGACAAAUACAUAACUGAAAAAUAAAAAAAAAAUUUGCGAAGAAGAUUACCAUUGUUAUUAACAUCCCUGUGAUGUUUGUCGUGCCUGGAGCCGGAAUGUUUGAAAUAUUCUUCACGAAUCCUAUUGAAAACUACUCGAGAAGUCAAUCAGUUUUCUCUACAGCUUUCAAAAGCAUCAGAGGGAGAUGUUGAUCCAUAGCUAUAAAAGUAAAAGCUAUAUUUCUAAACAAA